AUGAGGAUACUAUCAGUGGUUACCUUGUUAGUGGCGAUUGUCGCUUUUACCCAGGCGGCGGUUACGCGCCUGGAAGAUAUCAACUGGGCCGAGGUACGUCCGGUGCAGGAAAGUCCACUGUUCAAGGCAAACCGUGCCUCCAGCUUUGUCAAUCGUUACUUGGAUAAUCUGAAACCGGUACAACCGCUGCCAUCACCUGUCCGAAGCGGGCGCAUCAACAAUGGCGUCAUCGUUGGUCCGACCGAUAUUCCCUACAUUGUCGGCGUGCUGGUUUCGGUCGAGCACGGAACGUACUUCUGCGGGGGUGUGCUAGUAUCGGCAACACACGUUCUUACUUCGGCUACCUGUGUUGAAGGUCAAUCGUCGAUCACGGUGCUGCUUGGUGCGAGUGACAUUACGCGCGCUCACGACUUCAUACUCGUCAGUCACGUUCGGGUUCAUCCUGAUUUUAGUUCCUUUUUCCAAGCGAACGACUUGGCCAUACUGACUCUUUCCCGGGAACCUCGAUUCAACGACCAAAUUCAAAUUGCACGUCUUCCACGUCGUGCUCAGGUGGGUGAAUCGUUCGCCAACGCUUGGACCACAAUCAGUGGCUGGGGUGAAACGGCUUCCAACACUGGCGAGGCACUUCCCAUGCAACAACUGCAUUCCGUUCGAUCUCAGGUCAUCUCGAACUUUAGCUGCACGAUUAGCUUCCCGCUUUAUCUGAGGUCCUCGAAUAUUUGCACCUCGUCGGACGGUGGUGCUCCGUGUGUGGGUGACGAAGGAGGUCCAGUGACAGUUGAAGAGGAAGAUGGACAGUCCACAGUGAUCGCAAUCCAUUCGUAUACGUACUCCCGUGGCUGCACUCGUAGCUGGCCAGCAGUUCAUACGCGUGUCACGGAUUACCUUAACUGGAUUGAAAUCUACACUGGUGCUAGUAUUCGUGCAUAG